GCUCUGUACUCCCUCUAUUCGGCUGACAGCAUUACCGAACGCAACUAUAAUAAUUGUAUGGUAUAUUUGGUGGUUAAGUGUCAUUAAAGUCCAUUAUUAUCCCAGUAAUAAUUAAAGUUCUUUUAAUACGGAAAAACCAUGGGUCAUGGAUUUGGAGAAUUGUUUAAACUUAGAGGAAUUGUUACUUAUAAAAUUUCCCAUUUUGAGCAAAAAUCUUUUGCGGGAUGGAUAUCACAUGGAAUUCCAAAUACCAUCAGAAGAAUUUUAGACCAAAUCAUAUAUGUUGUUCCUCCACUUGGAAUAGGAUACCUAGUUUAUGAUCAAGUAGAGAAAGAACAUCAUAGGUUAAUGUUGAAGAAUCCUGCUGAUUUUGAAGAUGAUAAGUGAAGUUAGGUUUCUUGAUGUAGAUUAAGUGGAAAUCAGUAAUAUAUGUGAUUAUAGUGUUUCUAUUUAUUCAUUAAAAAAUUAAUAUCUCUAUUCAGCAUUUCCUUAGGGUAAAGGGUCUUAUUUCAUUGGUACUGAUGGAGUUUGGACUGAUUUACAGAUGUAGGUUUGUCCAUCAUCCCUUCAUUGUUCUUGAAAGGAGGGUUACAAUAUUUGGAAUAACUAAAAAAUUAUUUCUUAAAUUUCUCACACCUUUUGAUAUAUUUUUGUGCCUAAAUUUUCUCGAUUUCAGAUCUCCUCAGAUUUAAAAUUUGUUUUUUUAUAAUUUUUUCAAAACAUGAAAAUUUGGCGUUUCGACUUCUUUUAUAUAUUUCAAUAGACUAAUAUAUAGGUGGAGGGUGUAACCUAAUCUAGAUAAUUACCUAAUAUUUUUUUCUCUGGUAUUUGUAAAUAAAAAUAAUUCU